AUGGCUCCGGAGUUGAAUUGGAGCAAUGAAGAGUGGCGGAGGUUGCAGACCUCUCUCUUUGCGGUGAGUUUGAUCACCAUGGUGUCUGUCUGCGGCUGGAAGCACUUUCUAAUCCGCCUGUCGGAGUUGACGCAGGAGCAAUGGGAGCAGGUAGUACGUGACACUCGGAGGUCCCGAGAGGACAUCGAUGCUGCUCUAGACGCGAUGCUGAAGCGACAGGACCUCCCUGGUGGAAGAGUACCUGUCCAGACCACCGAGAGGCUCUUCAGAGAAUCGAUUCCUUUCCUCCGAGAUCUGUUCUCACAGCCAAAGGAGGAAGGGCCUUCGGUGCCCACCCCGCGGCUCGAGAAGAUCCUUCUUGCGAUAGAAAGUUUCAACUUUGCCACGUUGCCCUACGAUGACCUGUUCUUGGUCUGGGAUAGGAUCGGCAGGAGUCAAGGUCUCAUCCGAGGGCACGAGUGCGUGCGCUGCGUUUACUCUGUGCUGGGUCAGAUCACCCACACUCAGGUGCAACGCAUGGACGCAUCCGCCCAGAAACAGCACAGGGCAUCAGUGACGGAGCACAAGAUUCUCAAUCCGCCUGCCCGCCGCCAUGCAAAGCGAAGUGAAGGAGGAGGAGGAAACGUAGUGUGGACAACGGACAAGCUGAAGGGAGACAACAGCAGUGCUUCACUGAAGCUUGCGCGCCCGUCGUCGGCCAACGCUUCCCAGGCGUCGAGUAGGAAUUCUCGUCCGGCGUCAGGUGGAAGCCUGCCGGAGAAUGGCAGCAAGGCGACAGAAGGGAUACAAAAGUCCAAGGUGGAGGAUCAGCGUAGCAGUCAGAAUGUGAAGAGGCAGGUGGGAGGUGGGGGGGGGAAGACCAAGGGGUCACCGGAUCCGAGCGAGGCAGCUGGGUCGGGGAAGGUCGGGGAUGAUGAGCUGACGACGAGGAACGAGGGGCACGCGAGCGACGGAGGGAGUGAGGAUGAGGCACCUUCAUUCUCCUCCAGCUCGUUCUCCGCUGCUGCAGCUGCUGAUGGGCAGGGCAACGACGGUCUCCUGCUCGGGUCCAACGCGCUGUUGGGUGGAGGGAGUGUGGCGUGGUCGAGGAGGAGGCUCCGCGAAGUCUCUUCGGAACGAAGGAUGCCAGAGCAGAAGCCGAUGCUUCCUGUAGCGAGCGGAAAGGGAGGGAAAGUCUCAGGCCUUGCUGGAGACCCUGAGAUCAUCUUUAACCUCGGUGGCCCCAUCCUCUUCACCGCCCCUCACAGCCUAAACAUCGUCCGAGGAGGAAAGGACGGAGAGCGGAAGAGAAUUCACAAGAGAGAGAAGUUCUCCUCUGAGAUCGUUUUGAAGCUUGCCGCCUUCCUCGAACCUUACCUGGGAAAGGCUCAGUCGCCCUUCUCCCCGUGGCAUCACGCCCUCCAUCUCUUCAAGGAUCACUGGCGCUCGAGCAGGGAGAAGCUCAACCGAGAGGAGCAGCAGCUCCCGCAGGACAGCAGCGAGAGUCAGAGAGUUGGAGAGGACAGGAGAGAAAUCGCGGGGAGUCGCGCAGUGGGAGAGGAGAAGAAGGAGUCAGCAGGCUCACUCGCGCCACCUGCGCCCAUCUUUCACGUGGAUAUUCACGGCAAGAUGGAUCGCAAGGACAACCUCGACUUGGAUAUCGGCAUGGGCCCGAUGGAGAAUUGCUGGGCUGCAAAGGGAGACUCCGAGAAGCAUGCAGAGUUCGUCGCACUCAAAGAGCAUCUCGCUUCGGGGAUGCGAGAAGCGUUCAAGGGGGUGAAGGGGAAGCAUUUUCUGGUGCAUGGAAAGAUGAUGCCCAUGACUGUGGAGGAGGAUCCGUACCUGAACGCCUACUGGGGGGGAAGCACAUUCGAGACGAUCUCACAUCAAUCUGUCAACCUGAGAAUCCCGGCAAUCCAACUUGAAAUCCCGCUAACAAUGCGACGAGAGCUUGUUCGCAAUGACGAUCUCUUCGGGCGUUUUGCCCUCGCCAUCUUCCACUCCUACAAGUACAUGGUCAGCUCCUUCAAGAGCUGGGAGGAGGACGCAAGUUCCUCGCCGCCUGUCUGCGGCUGCGCGCGACAUCUGACAGGGGAGAGGACGGCUGAGAUCCGCUCGCAGCUCAUGCAAGACAGCGAACCUGCCUGCAAGACGCUGGAGGAGGUGGAGCUUGCCUUGCGAGAGCUGAAUCACCUGGAGCGGACCAUUGUCGAGAAACAAAUCUAG